AUGGCUAGGCUCGCGCAGGACGACACGAACCAGAACCUUGAGACGCUGCUGGACAUGGACAAGUCCGUGACCAUGGGCAAGAACGCUGCGCCGCCCCCGAGGAAGAUGAUCCCUGGCCACGGGCUCGAGUUCAGCGGCCUCUCCUACAGUAUCAUCAAGAAGCAGAAGAAGGACGGCGUGUCGGUCAAGAGAGAGGCCUACCUCCUCAACGACAUCUCGGGGCAGGCGAUGAGGGGCGAGGUCAUGGCGAUCAUGGGGCCCAGCGGGGCGGGGAAGUCCACGUUCCUUGACGCGUUGGCAGGGCGGAUCGCGCAGGGAAGCCUCCAAGGUUCGGUCAGGAUUGAGGGGAAGCCAAUUACUACUAGCUACAUGAAGAUGAUCUCAUCCUACGUGAUGCAAGAUGAUCAGCUCUUUCCGACGUUGACCGUCUUCGAGACGUUCAUGUUCGCUGCUGAGGUCAGGCUCCCUCCUUCAAUCUCCAGGGCCGAGAAGCGGAAGCGCGUCUUUGAUCUCCUCGAGCAGCUUGGCCUCCAGAGCACGAUUCAUACGCGCAUCGGUGAUGAGGGAAGGAGAGGAGUGUCGGGAGGGGAGCGGCGAAGGGUUUCCAUAGGAAUCGACAUCAUCCAUAAGCCGUCGAUGCUGUUUCUCGAUGAGCCUACCUCCGGUUUGGACUCCUCGAGCGCCUACAGCGUCGUUGAGAAGGUGAAGGACAUAGCUCGAGGCGGUAGCAUCGUGCUCAUGACCAUCCACCAGCCUUCCUACAGGAUUCAGUUGCUCCUGGACCACAUCACGGUCCUGGCAAGGGGAAGGUUGAUAUACAUGGGGAAUCCUCUGGCGUUGCCCACUCACCUUUCCGGAUUCGGAAGGCCGGUUCCCGAGGGCGAGAACAGCCUCGAGUACCUCCUAGAUGUGAUCAAAGAGUAUGACGAGUCAAACAUCGGCCUGGAUCCGCUUGUGCUGUACCAAAGAGAUGGCAUUAAACCUACCCUAGAAGAUAGGACCCCUGUCCGAAAGACACCGAAACAGCCCAAAACUCCGCGGACUCCUCACGGACCCACCCCUAGUUCAAAGCUCAGUCUCCACUCUCAGACCUACACUCCUAGAGGACAGAAGACUCCUCGAUCUGACUCUGAACAGUAUGACUACUACGACGACGACGACGACGACAAUGAUGAAUUCGACAACUCGCUGGAGCGCAAAGUAAUGCAGACGCCAAUGCACAUGCAGAGCGGUGUGUACCCUAGACUGGCGUCCCAUUUUUACAAGGACUUCUCUGUCUGGAUCUACAAUGGUGUCAAGGGAACGCCCCGGCGCCCGCCGUCCUGGACUCCUGCAACGACUCCUGGGCGGACGCCUGGAGGUAAGACGCCAAUGUAUGGCUCGCAGAGUCAAAUCUCAAGCCACUACCAGACUCCUCAGCGCAACCAUUCUCGCCCCAAGACCCCGCUGGUCUUCAGCCCCAACCCUGACCCAUCUUAUGUUACUUCCUACGCUACUUCCUACGAGGAGUUUGAGAUGGAAGUCCUUGACGAGCCCGACCACAGUCAGAAAUUCGCGAAUCCAUGGCUGCGUGAGGUCGCGGUCCUGUGUUGGCGCACUGCGCUCAAUGUGAUUCGCACGCCAGAGCUCUUCCUCUCUCGCGAGAUAGUCCUUGCGGUCAUGGCGCUGAUCCUAUCCUCCCUCUUCGAGAACCUUUCCAAGCACGACUUCAAAACCAUCAACCGCCUCCUCAAUUUCUACAUCUUCGCCAUCUGCCUGGUUUUCUUCUCCUCGAACGACGCUGUCCCGACCUUCAUCCAAGAGCGGUUCAUCUUCAUCCGAGAGACGUCCCACAACGCGUACCGAGCUUCGUCCUACGUCAUCUCAUCCCUCAUCGUGUACCUCCCCUUCUUCGCCAUCCAGGGCUUGACGUUCGCGGUGAUCACCCAGUUCAUUCUCCGCCUCCAGAGCCAUCUCUUCUACUUCUGGAUAAUCCUGUUCGCCUCCCUGAUCACUACCAAUGCUUACGUGAUGCUCGUGAGUGCGCUCGUCCCGAGCUACAUCACGGGAUAUGCCGUCGUCAUAGCAACCACGGCUCUCUUCUUCCUUACUUGCGGGUUCUUCCUGAAGGAAUCACAAAUACCAAAAUACUGGAGGUGGCUCCAUUACAUCUCCGCCAUAAAGUACCCAUUCGAUGCGCUGCUAACGAAUGAAUUCAAAGGGGAUCGCUGCUACACCGGGUCUCCAUCAGAUCUCUCGCCAGGUCCGCUAGGAAACACCAAGCCCAGCCACCUGCAUGAGAUUAACGGUACGUUCGGCACGCAUUGCCCUCUGAUGGGACAGGACGUUCUGUCCUCGAUGGACAUCAAUAAGCCGAGCAUCUGGUUUGACAUCGGUAUUCUGCUAGCGUGGGGAGUUCUUUACAGGCUCCUCUUCUACGUGGUCUUGAGAUUCUAUUCCAAGAAUGAGAGGAAGUGAAGAUUCUUAUUUUGGUAAUGCUCCU